UCAACAACAACAACAAAAACAUCAUCAUCGGUCAUCAUUUUUAUUAAAUAGAAAUUUUUUUUUUAAAUAAAAUGCUUGGUGCAUUUGUUCUUGGUGAUGAAAAUUUCGAUAAUGAUGAUAUCGAUAUAAAUGAUUCGAAUGAAAUGAAUAAAGAUAAUCCUAUUUAUCAAUUACGUUUACUUGAUCCAAAUCAUAAUGAUGGCCAAAUGUUAAAUGUAUUCGAAGCAGCUGAAAAAGGUUCAAUUGAAUUGAUGAAACAAUUUCAACGAAUGGAUCCAGAAUUAAUUAAUAGCCAUGAUUCUGAAGGUUAUACACCAUUACAUCGUGCUUGUUAUCAGAAUCAAAUCGACAUGGUUAAAUGGCUGAUAAUGAAUGGUGCAAAUGUUUGUGCACGUACCAAUGAUGGUUGGCAACCAAUACAUUCGACUGCACAUUGGGGUCAUACGAAAAUCCUGAGAAUAUUAUUAGCAUAUGGAGCAAAUAUAAAUUCACGUACAAAUGGUGGUAAUACACCAUUUCAUUUGGCUGCCAUGCGUGCCAAUUCAAAUCGUCAUCUAAUUGAAUAUCUAUUAUAUCAUCCUGAUAUUGAUCACGAUAUACGUAAUGAUGCUAAUGAUACGAUUUUUGAUGUUUGUAAACGAAAUUCAAUGCUCUAUAAACUAUGGAAUCUUUUGUAAUUUAACUAUUGGUUUUCAAUCAAUCAAUGUACAUACAUACCUACAUAAUUCUUUGUAAAAAAAUAAAAUUUAUCUCUGUUUUUAGAAUGUCCA